GAUCUCUGAGUUUGAUGGAGAAGUUUCCGUUCUUGUACUGCUCAGGGAAGCUUUGAGCUCUAUUUCUGUAUGCUGGAUCCUGUGCUUUGGCUGAAACUGUACCGUCAAUAAUCUCAAAGACAUCCAAGCCAUUGUGUCUCCAACGCACAAUGAUGUCUUGAACUGUACGCUGAGGUUGUUCAGAAGAACAAGCAAGGUGUGAAACAAACAGGACGGCAUUAUGUUGAAGCGCUCAACAAGCUGUUUUCACAGAAUGAGGAUUAUUAUACUUCAACUCUAUCUGCUGAUUUGGAUUAAAGCUUCUGAUACCUUAACAACUCAAUUAACCGGUUUGGGUCAGCAUGUGACUAUAAACUGUGAUCUUGACAUAAAUGAGGUGACGUGGAUGUUUCUGAAUCUAGCAGAUCCUCCACUUCUGAUUUUACGCUCAUUCUCAAAACCACCAGUGUUUUAUUUUAACAACAGAUUCAAACCGAAAUAUUCAGUGCGACCUAAACAUAAUCUUUUCAUAAAUAACAUCACUAUUGAUGAUUUAGGAGUUUAUUACUGUAUAAAAACAGAAGAAACUGCACAAUUUAGCAACGGCACAAAACUACACAUCACUGCCCCAACUCCGUUUUCAAAGUUAUCUGAGUGUCAGAAUUACACGGAGGUGAAGAACUUGCAUCAAAAUCACACAAUAGUGAAGUGUAUCCAGCAGAAUCAAACACCAUGGAGGACAUUUACAAUCAUCUCUGGUCUGCUGAAUGCUCUUCUGGUCAUUGUGCUUAUUGGACUAUCACUGGUUGGAUGUAAAGUAUCCAGAGGACAAUCACAAAAACUUCAGACCACAAAUCAGCAGCAGCUUCAGUCCAGUGAACCAGUGUACUCUGAGGUGAAUGUUUCGAAGCUGCGUAAACCUUUCAGGCCCAACCAAGUCUCUUCCUGCACCUAUGCUGCUAUAAAGCUUCCAAAGUUGUAAAUGAUUACAUAUAUAAUAAUUUAUUAACUACUUGAUUCUUAAUUCAAUGUUGACAUUUAGAGAUUGAUUAGCAACUCUGAAUGAUAUUUGGCUAAUAGCCGACUCACUCUCUUGUUUUAAGCAAAGCUGUUCCUGCUAUCCUGUAUCUCUUUUAUCAUUUUCAAUGGACUUAGUUUUAAAGAAGCACUCCUAUUUUGGAAAUAGGCUCAUUUUACAACUCGCUCAAUGUACCAUUUUUUAAUCCAUUCAUCCAUUCAGCCAAGUGCUAUCUCACUUAAUCAGGUUUAAUGAUUUAUGCUAAACUAAGUUAAAAUUCAUCCCACCAGACCCAGAGAUCGGCUAAAUAAAUUUUAACACACAACGGUUUAAUUUUAGGGAAACCUAUUUCCAAAAAAUAAAAAAUAGGGCAAUUCCAGCAUUAUGGAUGUGACAUUUGCAGUAAAAUCUGAAAACAUAAAUUCGCAUAGAAAGUAUAUGUUAAUAUUACAUUAAAACAUGUUUAUAUUUUUCAAAACAAAUAACCGCAGAGAUAUGGGAGCAAAAAAACACCAAUCUGUAAACAUAUUUUAUAUUUUAAGUGAGGGAAAUAAACAUGCGUUAUGGAAGUGACCAAAAAGUGAGUAUUCAACAUUCAAAAAAAUAAAAUAAAAAUUCUGUAAUUAAACUGCACAACCCUCAGACUGGCCAUAGGGAGCACUGCGACAUUUCCCGGUGGCCUGACUGAUAGUAACUUUGGCCCCUGACUCCCAAAUAAUCAAAAGGAUAGGAGUUGGCUCAUUGUAGAACAAAAAUGCUUGAUUUUAUUUUAACUGACAUUUUUGCAUUUAUGAGGAAAAAGCUUCGUUACGGAUGUGACAGAUGUGAAAUUGACACUUGUGUGACUUUGGUUAAUCAAAUAUAAUUGUUUGAAAACAUAUACAGAGACAUUUUUGAGUGUUUUACAGUACUGUAAACUAGGCAUGGGCCGGUAUAAUAUUCUGACCGUGAGAUAACCUUGGAUAAAUAAAUAUCACAGUAUUGUGCUCACUGCUCUAAAAUGUGUUCUUUUUAAUGUCUGGGUAAAAAACAAAAACGUUUUUCCCCUUUGAACACGAUAUAUUUUAUUUUGAGAAACAUUUAAGAUAUUUUGGAAGAGUAAACAUGUCAGGCUAAAUAAUUCAAAUGAAUCAUUGACUUCUGUCAUUGACUGCUGUCUUCAUUAGUUUUAAAACACACAGAUUUCUUUACAAUUUAAAAUGGCAUCUUUGGAUAUCUUUUGAGCUGGAGAUAAAAAAAAACUUUUCUGCUGUUGUCCUAAAAACUAAAAAGCGUUAAUAAAAAAAUUUCACACAUACCUUGGGGAUGGUAUAGCAGAAAAUGCUGUUGUUUUUAAAACCUUGACUUUUCCUAACUGUCAUAGUUUGAAAACAGUUAUCGUCCCAUGUCUACUGUAAAAUACUUGCUUACACACACAAAAAAAGUAAAAAUGGUUUUGCUGUUUUUGUGAAAGCUUUAUUGUUUUCAUGUAAGGCUGACAUUUGCAUGGAACUUCUCAGUAGUGUUCCUUUAAUAGCCCUGUAAUAUUAUUGCUGUAUACGUCUUUCUGCCAGGAUGAGUGUU